AUGGGUCCCCUAGCUUUCCUCAGCAAGCUCUACGAUCAUGACACUCUCGACACCCGCUUUACCACGUCCUCUUCUACUCCCUACCAGAAGGUUAUCGAAGUGCGGUUGGAUCCUAGUAUAAAGAAGGAGUCUGCCUCAAAAGAGAAGAGCCGAGCGCAACCGUCGAAAUGGAAUACUCCCGAGUUCUACCUUUACUACAUUGUCUUUGCUUUUGCCAUCCCGUAUAUGUUCUGGAUCACAUAUGAUGUUUCGCGAGAAACCGACCCCCGAUACCCCAAGUUCCAGAAAUGGCUAUCUCCUGGCUGGAUUCCAGGACGCCAGAUCGACAUUUCCGAUUCGCAAUAUGGCUCAUUCCGCGAGAACUUGCCCUACAUGGGCUCCCUUCUUCUUUUCCAUCCGCUGUUGAGGAAAGCCUGGAACAAGUUCGCCCCACUCCCCGAAAGAAGCCAAGGAGGACGCCGCCGACUCGAUCAACGAGCAUCCUUCGAUUUCCUGUUCGCAUUCAUAUUUCUGUUCGUUCUGCACGGCCUCUCAGCGUUCAAGAUCUUCUUCAUCCUUUGGUUAAACUUCCAGCUGGCCACCAAGCUUCCGCGACGAUAUGUUCCCGCUGCUACCUGGAUCUUCAACAUCGCAAUCCUAUUUGCCAAUGAGUUGACUGAGGGAUGGAGGUUCCGGGUCAUGUUUAGCUAUAUCUCACCCCCAGUCAUGGGCUGGUAUAAGGGCAGGGAGAGGUUGCUGAACUCGAACCUGAUGAACCUAGGAGCCAGGAUGGAUGGUACUUUCCAAGGAAUUCUGGCACGGUGGGAGGUUCUCUUCAACAUUACCAUUCUACGUCUUGUUAGCUUUAACUUGGACUACUACUGGAGUAUCGACCGCGGUAACUCAAAUGCACUCGAGAAGAAGCAACUGGAUCCAGCAAACCUCUCCGAAAGAGAUCGUGUCAGCAUAUCCGCUGAACCCCGAGACUUCACGUUUCGCAACUACGUGGGCUAUGCUAUUUAUGCGCCUCUUUACCUGACAGGACCUAUCAUCACGUUCAACGACUAUAUCUCACAAUGCAAGUACCGAGCUGCCAGCAUUGAGACAAACCGUACCGUUCGUUACGGUAUUCGUUUCGUUUUGGUGUUACUGUCCAUGGAGGUAAUUCUGCACUACGACUGGGUCAACGCAAUCAGCAAGGGAAAGCCUGAUUGGAGUUCCUACACAGCAGCACAACUAUCUAUGUUGUCAUUCAUGAACCUUCACAUCAUCUGGCUCAAGCUCCUGCUUCCCUGGCGAAUGUUCCGACUCUGGUCAUUGGUUGAUGGAAUUGACCCGCCUGAGAACAUGGUACGAUGUGUGAGCAACAACUACAGCACACAGCUCUUCUGGCGAGCGUGGCACCGCUCGUACAACCGCUGGUUGAUCAGGUACAUUUACAUACCCCUGGGAGGUUCAUCGUUCCGCAACUGGCGAACUACCGCGCGAUCUAUUGUCACGUUCCUUAUGGUGUUUACCUUUGUGGCACUAUGGCACGACAUUCAGCUUCGUCUGCUGAUUUGGGGCUGGUUGAUUGUGCUGUUCAUGGUACCCGAGUGGACUGCUGCUGCUCUGUUCCCCAAGAGCAAGUGGGAGCAUCGACCUACAGCGUACCGUAUGCUGUGCUGCGUCGGAAGCGUGGGUAACGUUCUCAUGAUGAUUUCCGCCAAUUUGGUUGGGUUUGCUGUUGGAUUAGAUGGAUUGCAAAGCAUCAUUCAGAGCAUUAUGCAUGACUGGUCAGGACUCAUUUUCCUUGUUACAGCUUGCUCUUGUCUAUUUGUUGGUAUUCAGGUCAUGUUUGAGAUUCGUGAGUCCGAGAAGCGACGUGGAAUUUUGGUCAAGUGCUAG